AUGGCUAAUGGAUAUAUCAUGUUCCUUUUCUUACGUCACAAAAGUAUAAGGGUGGCACGUAAUUACAUCAUUUUUAGCUUAUCCCUGGCCGACUUUUUGAUAGGUUUAUUCGCUAUGCCGUUUGCCGCUGAUCAAAAUCACCUAAAAUAUUGGAAUUUUUCCAAAUCAUUCUGCAAUUUUCACGCUAUAAUGGACUCCCUAGGCACCUUGGUCAGCAUAUUCACAGUCACCCUAACCGCCCUUUUAGAUAUAAGAUUAGUCUUCGGGAAGGGCAUCAAAAAUGUAUAUUCGCCUAUAAAUAUAGGCAUCAUCUUAGCGCUCAGUUGGCUAAUUCCUGGAAUGACUCUCUUAGUACCCAUAUCGAUAAAUCCAAGACAAAUGAGCUUAUUUAUUAAAUAUAUACAAAAUGAUUCUUUCUUGUUAAUGAGGGCAACAAGAAAUGUUACGACUACUAAUGUAACGACUAACGCGACUACAACUAUAAUGAAGGCAACAAGCAAUGUAACGACUACUAACGUUACGAUUAACGCGACUACAAAGAUAAUUAUCUUUCAAUGUUUACCAAGUUUUCCGACAGACCAAUUUACAGGCCAAGUAGUGUUCUUCUUCAUAAUAGGAUUAUUCUUGACGAUAAUAGCCUAUACAAUCAUUUUCUUUAAAAUCAGAUCUAGGAAAAGGGCAAUUUCUGCUUCGAUUGUGAGCCCAAAUUUAUCCCUAAACUCAUUUGAAAAUUUAGUAAGCUCACAAAUUCUUAAAAUCCGUAAAAGUUCUUCCAACUGGACAUCCGAGAAAAUUAUAAAAGCAAACGCAAGCGUAAGGUUGAAACGUAACGAAAAUCUUUUGCGAAUGAUGUUUGCAAUAGGUAUGUUAGCCUGGGUUUGUUAUCUACCAAGUUCAAUCGUCUUUUUAUUGGAAGCUAACGCUAAGAUUCCGUUGUGGGCAUACAAACUUGGGAUAUGGUUGGCAUAUAUUAAAUCCACAAUAAAUCCUAUAAUAUACGGAUUUAUGAAUAAGAAUUUUAAAAAAUUUAUAUGCAAAACAUUUCGACCCGUCGUUGAACAUAAAAAUAGAAGUAUAAUAUUUAAAUAUUAG